AUGAAUCUUUCCUUCGCCAGUUACCUGCUCUUCCAGAUGGCGGUGGUCCCGGAGGGAAGGAUCGGGACGGCGGCUCUGGCUGUGCAGGUUGUGGGCAGCAACUGGCCAAAGCCCCACUACACUUUGCUGAUCACAGGCCUGUGCCGCUUCCAGAUCGUGCAAGUGCUGAAGGAGAAGCCGUACCCUGUUGCCGAGGUGGAGCAGCUGGACCGGCUGGAGGAGUUCCCCGACACCUGUAAGACCAGGGAGGAGCUCGGGGAGCUGUCGGAACAGUUUUACAAGUACGCGGUGCAAUUGGUUGAAAUGUUGGAUAUGUCCGUCCCUGCGGUUGCAAAGCUGCGGCGUCUCCUAGAUAGUCUUCCGAGGGAAGCUCUCCCAGACAUCCUGACGUCGAUCAUCCGCACAAGCAACAAGGAGAAGCUGCAGAUUCUAGAUGCCGUGAGUCUGGAGGAUCGGUUCAAGAUGACCAUACCGCUGCUCGUCAGACAAAUUGAAGGCCUGAAGUUGCUCCAGAAAACCAGAAAACACAAGCAAGACGAUGAUAAGCGGGUGGUAGCGAUUCGCCCUCUGAGGAGGCUCACGCACGUCCCAGGCACUUUGGAGGAUGAAGACGAGGAGGAAGAUAAUGAUGACGUCGUCAUGCUGGAGAGAAAAAUCCGAACGUCUAGCAUGCCAGAGCAGGCCCAUAGGGUCUGCAUCAAGGAGAUCAAGAGACUCAAAAAAAUGCCCCAGUCGAUGCCAGAAUAUGCUCUGACUAGAAACUACCUAGAACUCAUGGUGGAGCUUCCUUGGAACAAAAGUACAACCGACCGUCUGGACAUUCGAGCAGCCCGGAUCCUUCUGGAUAAUGACCACUAUGCCAUGGAAAAACUGAAGAAGAGAGUGCUGGAAUACUUGGCUGUCCGACAGCUGAAGAACAACCUGAAGGGCCCCAUCCUGUGUUUUGUCGGCCCUCCUGGAGUUGGAAAAACGAGUGUGGGAAGAUCCGUGGCCAAGACUCUAGGGCGAGAGUUCCACAGGAUUGCGCUUGGAGGAGUAUGUGACCAGUCCGACAUCCGAGGACACAGGCGCACCUACGUGGGCAGCAUGCCUGGCCGCAUCAUCAACGGCCUGAAGACCGUCGGGGUUAACAACCCAGUGUUCCUGUUAGACGAGGUCGACAAGCUGGGGAAGAGUCUGCAGGGCGACCCUGCCGCAGCUCUGCUUGAGGUGUUGGAUCCGGAACAAAACCAUAACUUCACAGAUCAUUACCUAAAUGUGGCCUUUGACCUCUCCCAAGUUCUUUUUAUAGCAACUGCCAACACCACAGCCACAAUCCCACCUGCUUUGUUGGACAGAAUGGAGAUCAUUCAGGUGCCAGGGUACACACAGGAGGAAAAGAUAGAGAUUGCCCACAGGCACCUGAUCCCAAAGCAGCUGGAACAGCACGGGUUGACUGCCCAGCAAGUGCAGAUCCCCCAGGUCACGACUCUGGACAUCAUCACCAGGUACACCCGUGAGGCGGGCGUGCGCUCUCUGGACAGGAAGUUGGGGGCCAUUUGCCGAGCAGUUGCCGUGAAGGUCGCGGAAGGACAGCACAGAGAAGCCAAGCUGGACCGUUCUGAGGAGGCAGAAGGUUGCAGAGAGCAUGUCUUAGAAGACACAAAACCUGAGUCCAUCAGUGACACCGCCGACCUGGCCCUCCCACCCGAGAUGCCGAUUCUGAUAGAUUUCCACGCCCUGAAGGACAUCCUGGGGCCCCCAAUGUACGAGAUGGAGGUGUCCGAGCGCCUGAGCCAGCCGGGAGUGGCCAUAGGCCUGGCGUGGACUCCCUUAGGCGGCGAGAUCAUGUUCGUGGAGGCAAGUCGGAUGGAUGGCGAGGGCCAGCUAACCCUGACGGGCCAGCUGGGGGAUGUCAUGAAGGAGUCCGCCCACCUGGCUAUCAGCUGGCUGCGCAGCAAUGCGAAGAAAUACCACCUGGCCAAUGCUUCUGGAAGUUUCGAUCUUCUCGACAACACAGACAUUCAUCUGCACUUUCCAGCUGGAGCUGUCACAAAAGAUGGACCAUCUGCAGGAGUUACCAUAGUAACCUGCCUCGCCUCGCUUUUCAGUGGGCGGCUGGUCCGCUCCGAUGUGGCCAUGACUGGGGAAAUCACACUGCGAGGCCUGGUUCUUCCCGUGGGCGGGAUCAAAGACAAAGUGCUGGCUGCACACCGGGCAGGACUGAAGCAGAUCAUCAUUCCUCAGCGGAACGAGAAAGACCUUGAAGAAAUCCCAGGCAACGUGCGUCGGGACCUAAGUUUCAUCACGGCGAGCUGCCUGGAUGAAGUCCUUAAUGCUGCUUUUGAUGGAGGCUUCUUGGUCAAGCCUAGACCUGGCUUCUUAAAUAGCAAAUUGUAGACUCAGAGCUCAACUGUUCAGGGCUUUUACUUCUGAAGUGCCCCAAGGUACUGAUCGGUUCACUAUUCACACCAGGCAGGCGAGCAAAAUGUCCCUUGUGAACAUAAUCACAGCAGUCACGAACCUCACCCAAUCAGUGGCUCGUGUUUAUUACAGAAACGUUAAUUUAAUAAAUUGAUGACAUUAAUUUUUUUUGUCUCUCGUGGGAUCAUUACCGUCCCUGGAAAUGUGUUGCGCUGGUUCUGCAUGGCCCCAGAACAGCACGGAACUUGCUAGAAAAGUCAGUUCUGAAGCCCCACUCCUCAGUCACACUCAGAAGUGUUUUAAGAAGCCCUCGAGGUGAUUCAGAUGCACAGUCAAGGUCAAGAACGACUGGUAGAGACCGUUACCUUAGCAGAUUCCUGUCUAUGUUGCGGAGUCCUGGAAACAGGUAGAAGGGGAACUGGGCAAAGAUGUGAAAGCACAGCCAGCGGUUAGUCUCUGUGGGAAAUGAAGUGUUCAGGUUAAGUGAACUCUGAGGUCCACACCCCAACACGUCCCUUCUGCGAGGGGAGUAGCACUUACGACAUCAAGCCAGGCAGAGCGGCACAUGUUAGCAAAGCCACAGAAACACACCAGCCCCGAACGCCUGUCGCCUCCCAAAGCCCAGGCCCCAGAGGCAGGCAGGCUCAUUAUUCUGACCGGCCCCAGCUCCUUGUAUGCCUGUGCCGACCCCCAGGUCUGGGGACUCCCACAUCUCUCCCCUCCCAUGACGCACCCAGGGUAUGGACAGCUAGGCCAAGCGAGCUCCUGGAUCACAGCUUUCCUUACCUGUACGGUGCAGACUGUAGUACCCAAGCCCGUGUAAUUACGAAUAUUAAGUUAGAAUGCAAUGUUAAGUAACCGAGUGAUGUCUAAUGACUGUCACAGCCAGUAAUGGACUCCAGAAUCUUCCAUUUCAAACUGUAAAGCGGGCGUAUGAGGACACCUUGGAACUCCUUGGCUGGGACAGGGCCGCAAGUUAUCCAGGCUGCUUGGACCUGCUAGUAAAUCCAAAUGUGCUGGUAGGACGAGCCAGACCCAGGACUCACUGUGGCCUGUACCCAUCCCUGUGCUGUACUUGAGCAUAAAACCCACCAUAUUUCAAAGCAGCGCACCACUGUCCGCUAUAAAGCACAGAAUUGAAAAGGGAGGUAACUCUGGAUUUUAAUCAAACAGCAAAGCAAACACAAGAGUUCUUAAUUUGCCAGAUAUUCUUUUAAUGAGAGUUAUAAAAGACCAAAAACAUUUUUUUUGCAAACUGCCUUUUUUUAAACAAAUGAUUUGCUUUUAAUUACAAAUACUGUGUAAGACUAUGCCUUCUUUUGCAAAACCAAUAAAUACGAAAACAAA